CCUUAACAGUUACACGGUUAAGGCUAGCUAUCCCAUGCCCCGCCCGGAUGAGCUGUUUGACCGUUUGCCAGGCAACCGCUUCUUCACGAAGAUCGAUCUUCGUAGCGGUUACCACCAGAUCUGCGUUGCCGCAGAGGACCAGCCGAAGACCGCCUUCCGGUCGCGCUUCGGCCAUUACGAGUUCACGGUGAUGCCAUUCGGCCUCACCAAUGCACCCGCCACCUUCCAGACGGCGAUGAACGAUAUCUUCAGGGACAUCCUUGAGGAAUACGUUCUCGUAUACCUGGACGACAUCUUGGUCUACAGGCGUACCUUAGAAUACCAUAUCAGACACCUCCGCGAUGUCCUACAACGCUUACACAAGCAUGGCUUCUAUGCCAAGCUCAGUAAGUGCCGCUUUGCCCAGCGCAAAGUGGACUUCCUAGGACACCAUGUGUCUGACCAGGGUCUCCACAUGGACGACGCGAAGAUCACUGCUAUUGCAGAGUGGCCCGUCCCCACAUCUGCCAAGGAGCUUCGCAAUUUCCUAGGCCUCACCAACUACUAUAGUAAUUUCAUCCAGGGAUACGCUAGGUAUUCCUACGUCCUUACGUCCACCCUCCUCCGGAAGAACCCGCCGUGGUUUUGGACACCCCUCUGCGAGGACGCCUUCCUCGCCCUCAAGAAGGCGGUGACUUGUGCGCCGGUUCUUCAUCUCCCUGAUUUUGAUCGCCCCUUCAUCGUCACCACCGAUGCGUCAGAUUUUGCAGUAGGAGCAGUACUUUCCCAUGUGUUUCCCUCUCCUCUUGAUUCACCUUAUCAACAUGUUUCUCCCUUCCCCCCCCCCUCCUGCUGACACUGCUUCUCGACUGACGCCUAUCCUACCACCACUUCCCUCCACUGACAGUCGUCCCAUUACUUACUCCCCGACCAUCGCGGAGGAUGGGACUGUCAAGGCUCGUGCUGGGGAUUGCCUGGUCGCCUUCUACUCCCGUCAGCUACUGCCUGCCGAGAUAAACUACACUGCCGAUG